AUGCCACAACUCUACCCGAACCCGUGAUUUACUAUUUUAAUCUACGCCUGACUAGUUCUGCUAGCCAUUGUUCCCCUAAAAAUUCUGUCUUACGUUUACCCUAACCACAACUACCUCCGAGGCUUAGAAAAACCCGAAGGACACUCCUGAUUCUGGCCAUGAUUCUAA